CGCUAUGAAGAAGUUAGUCCCGGAGCCAGAGCUCCAGUAACCUUGUUAGGGUGCGGCUUGAGGCUGGAAGAAGUGGGAUGGCAACCGAAGAUCAGGAGCAGAUUUGAAGAAAUGCAGAGUGAAUUGGUACCAGUCAGCAUGUCAGAGACAGACCACAUAGCCUCCAUUUCCUCUGAUAAAAAUGGUGGGAAAACAUCUGAAUUAAAGGAAGACUCUUGUGGUUUGUUUUCUGGUGAUGAAAGUAGCAGCUUAGAAAAUGAGUCGAAACCAUUGUCAUCAAGCUCUGAUACAGCUUUCUGUCAACCUAAUGAACAUAGUGAUCAAACUGAAGCACAAGACAGUUAUAUCCUAGAUCAUGGUGGAGGGGAAGAUUCUUGUGCUAAAACAGACAUAUGCCCAGAAAAUUCUGAACAAAUAACUAAUUUCCCUGGUAGAGAUUUUGCAAAGCAAGUUUCAAAAACAAAUGAAACAGAGCAGACAGUAACACAAAUCUUGGAGGAAUUAAGGUCAUCAGCACUUACAGAAGCAGCUAGUCAAAAGACUUACUCAGAAAGUUCCUAUGAUAUGGACUGUACUAAGAAACUUAUUUCAAAAAUAAAGAAUGUUUCAGCAUCAGAGGAUUUAUUGGAAGAAAUUGAAUCUGAGCUCUUAUCUACAGAGUUUGUAGAUGAACACCGAGUACUGAAUGGAAUGAAUAAGGGGGAGCAUGCAUUAGUUAUGUUUGAAAAAUGUGUACAAGAUAAAUAUUUGCACCAGGAACAUACCAUAAAGAAAUUAAUUAAAGAAAAUAAGAAGCACCAAGAGCUCAUUUUAGAUAUUUGCUCAGAAAAAGACAAUUUAAGAGGAGAGCUGAAAAAGAGAACAGAAACAGAGAAGCAGCAUAUGAGCACAAUUCAACAGUUGGAGUCAAGAAUAGAGGAACUUAACAAUGAAGUCAAAACUUCCAAAGAGAAACUAGUGGCUCAGGAUACUGCAGCUAAAACUGCAAUUCAGCAGUUGCACAAGGAGAUGGCUUAUCGGAUGGAGCAGGCCAGCAAAAAAUGUGAAGAGGCACGCCAGGAAAAAGAAGCAAUGGUAAUGAAGUAUGUAAGAGGUGAGAAGGAAUCUUUAGACCUUCGAAAGGAAAAGGAGAUACUUGAGAGAAAACUUAGAGAUGCAAAUAAGGAGUUUGAGAAAAACACUAACAAAAUUAAACAGCUUUCUCAGGAGAAAGGAAGGUUACACCAGCUGUAUGAAACAAAGGAAGGUGAAACAACUAGACUCAUCAAAGAGGUAGACAAAUUAAAGGAAGAUGUCAACUCUCACAUCAUUAAAGUCAAAUGGGCACAAAACAAAUUAAAAGCUGAAAUGGAUUCUCACAAGGAAACCAAAGACAAACUCAAAGAAACAACAACAAAGUUAACCCAAGCAAAGGAAGAAGCGGAUCAGAUACGAAAAAAUUGUCAGGACAUGAUAAAAACGUAUCAGGAGUCAGAAGAAAUUAAAUCAAAUGAGCUUGAUGCAAAGCUCCGAGUCACAAAAGGAGAACUUGAAAAACAAAUGCAAGAAAAAUCUGACCAGCUAGAGAUGCAUCAUGCCAAAAUAAAGGAACUAGAAGAUCUGAAGCGGACAUUUAAGGAGGGCAUGGAUGAGCUACGAACAUUGAGAACAAAGGUGAAAUGUCUAGAAGAUGAACGAUUAAGAACAGAAGAUGAAUUAUCAAAAUAUAAGGAAAUUAUUAAUCGCCAGAAAGCUGAAAUUCAGAAUUUAUUGGACAAAUUGAAAGUUGCAGAUCAGAUACAGGAGCAAUUUCACAGAGGUAAACAAGAAAUUGAAAAUUUGAAGGAAGAUGUGGAAAGUCUUAAUUCUUUGAUUAAUGACCUACAAAAAGACAUCGAAGGCAGUAGGAAAAGAGAAUCUGAGCUCCUACUGUUUACAGAAAAACUCACUAGUAAGAAUGCACAGCUUCAGUCCGAAUGCAAUUCCUUGCAGUCACAAUUCGAUAAGCUUUCCUGUAGUGAAAGUCAGUUACAAAGCCAAUGUGAACAAAUGAAACAGACAAAUAUUAAUUUGGAAAGUAGAUUGGUGAAAGAGGAAGACCUGCGAAAAGAAGAAGUCCAGACGCUACAAGCUGAACUCACUUGCAGACAAACAGAAGUUAAAAUGCUGAGUACCCAGGUAGAAGAACUGAAAGAUGAAUUAGUAACUCAAAGACGUAAACAUGCUUCUGGUAUCAAAGAUCUCACCAAGCAACUUCAGCAAGCUCGAAGAAAAUUAGAGCAGGUUGAAAAUGGAAGCUAUGAUAAAGAAGUCAGCAGUAUGGGAAGUCGUUCCAGUUCAUCAGGGUCCCUUAAUGCUCGAAGCAGUGUAGAAGAUCGAUCGCCAGAAAACACCGGUUCUUCAGUAACCGUGGAUAAUUUUCCAGAAGUAGACAAGGCCAUGUUGAUUGAGAGGAUAGUAAGGCUACAAAAAGCACAUGCCCGGAAAAAUGAAAAGAUAGAAUUUAUGGAGGACCACAUAAAACAACUGGUAGAAGAAAUUAGGAAAAAAACAAAAAUCAUCCAGAGUUACAUUUUACGGGAAGAAUCAGGCACACUUUCUUCAGAGGCAUCUGACUUUAACAAAGUCCAUUUAAGUAGACGGGGUGGCAUCAUGGCCUCUUUAUACACAUCCCAUCCAGCUGAUAGCGGAUUAACACUGGAACUCUCUUUGGAGAUCAACCGAAAAUUACAGGCUGUCUUGGAGGACACGUUACUAAAAAAUAUUACUUUGAAGGAAAACCUGCAAACACUUGGAACAGAAAUAGAACGUCUUAUUAAACACCAGCAUGAACUGGAACAGGGGACGAGGAAAACUUAACACAAAGCACUUCUCGGCAGACAGACAAAAACUGCACAGGAAGCAGGUGCCGCUGACCAGUGUUGUUGGGAACUUUUCUGCUCUGUGUGUCCGCCAGUAAAUAAACAUGUUUUGCUUCACCUGUACAAAAAGUAUUCUUUUAUAAUAUGAAUGCAUUGCUGUAUAUACUGUAAGAGUGUAGGCUUUGAUGAAAUUUGUUUUUGUAUGGUACAGUACAAGAGCCUGUUAUUAAAUCAAAAUAAUUAAAUUUGCUGGUAGUCACAUGAAGUGCUGAACAAGGGCUUU